CUAUUGCUAUCACAUGACCCUGAGACACGGCAAUUGUCAUAAAUACAUGCAAGUUGCCAAGCAUCCAAAUGUGGAUUAUAUGACCAUAGGAUUGCUUUGAGUGUAAUAAGUGUGAAAAUCCUAAGUCACAUUUUGCAGUGCCAUUGCACGUUCAGUCACUAAACAGAUGGUUAUAAGUGGAGGACUGCCUGUAAUCUUCCUGCCCACCCUCGACCCCCUGAACCUCUCCCCAAUAACAUGCUAACCUCUCCACCAGCCUGAGCGUCCCCUCCUCAUUUUCCCAAUCACCUACUUUUUACAUACGUUGGGGGAGGGUCAGUCACAGGGUAAUGGACUUCAUCUUGACUUGUUUUUGACAGAUAUUAAUUUUACUCUUCCAAAUUAGGAAGAAAAAAAAUAUUUAUAGGUUCAAUUUCUUUAAACAAAUGGAUGUGCAGGUUUUAAUGACAGCAGUUACUUUGAAUUUAUAUAAAACAACCUAUUAUUACUGGCAAAGAAAAUUAACUUUUAAAAAAUGAAGUGAAUAUGGUGAAAUAGGAAUGUGCCUUCUUUUCUCCAAGUUUUUAGCACAAGAAAGGAGAAUAACCUUAUAUGACUGAAGAGUUUGCUGUAUAAUAUUUAUCUGCAAAGUAAUGAAAUUGCACUUCAGAAGAUAAUGUUCUUAAUGUAUUUGCUGCUUCUGUCAAGGGCCAACUGGAGAAAAGAUCCAAUCAUUUCAUCAUCUUUUAAAUAUUAAACAAAGGACUGGCAGUAUAAAUUAAUUCAUCCUAAAUUAUACAACUCUUUUAUGCAGAAAAAUCAAACUCCCUAGCACUGUAUUAUGUGACUGGGGCAAGCUGUUAAUUUCUGCCAGCAGUCCAAUUUAGAAAUUCCUAUUUUUAAACUUUGCUCUAAAUUUUUCUUACCUUGCUUUUAAAUUGUUCUUAUUUGUAUUCUUAUCAGAUUUUCAUUGCACUUGUUGAUAAAUUAGCAAGAGAACAUGUCUAUUGGAUCCAAUCAUUUCAUCAUCUUUUAGAUAGUAAACAAAGGACUGACAGUAUAAAUUAAUUCAUCCUAAAUUAUACAACUCUUUUAUGCAGAAAAAACUCCCUAGCACUGUUAUGUGAGUGGCCAAGCUGUUAAUUUCUGGCAACACUCCAAUUUAGAAACUCCUAUUUUUCAACUUUGCUCUAAAUUUUUCUUACCUUGCUUUUAAAUUGUUAUUUGUAUUCUUAUCAAAUUUUCAUUGCCCUUGUUAAAAUUAGCAAGAGAACAUGUCUCGCUCCUAAGUUAAAAUGAGUUUAGAAGUUCAAGAAAUUCUAAACCAGUAUUUGCAGAUUCAAAUAUGCGUGCUAUGUCCUCGGAUAACAUUUUGGUUUUUUGCACUGUUGGGUGAAAUGUUUCACGUGAAAUAAAUGGCUAACACUUCGUAAGACGUCUCAAGUACUGUAUGUCUUCAUGUCACAAAGUUUGACUCCUGGUUUGAUGCAUCCAAACCCGACCUUGAAACUCCCCGUUUCGGAAGCCUGAUCUCUGCGAUCGAUUGCUACAGUCUCUCGCGUCUUAAGCUGGAGGUCUGACUGAAGAGAAGGGCACCGCUGCUUUGCUUCUAGUCCCGACGUUCAGCGGCUCGUGCAAGGAGUCCGUGGAUCCCAUCAUGUGGCAAAAAGUCAUGGGCAGAGCGUGGGACUUCCGCCUGGUGUUCUUGCGCGGGCCGGGCCACCCUUUGGGGAAGACCUUUCCGAAAAGCUACGACCGAAGAGGACUAAUAACCAUGUCGGUCACCCCCGCUGUAGGCUUGGCAGAUCAGCCCGCGAAAGUGACGGUCGAAGGACUGGCGCCUUUGCAGGGAGUGACGCUCCGGGCGCUAGUAGCGAACGGGCAGGGUAGCCUCUUCGACGCCUGCGCGCAUUACCAAGCGGACCAGCAGGGGAGAAUAGACCUGUCCAGAGAUGUUUCUAGGGGAGGGGAUUAUGUGGGAGUGGAGCCCAUGGGGCUGUUUUGGAGCCUGACCCCCGCUACCAUAGAGAAGCCUUACCAAAGGCUGGAGCCCGAGGACAUCGAGCGUCCCGUGAAAGUGCAGAUCACGGUGCAUCAGGAAUAUAGUCAGCCCGGGGCCAUCCCCGGACAGGUGCUUGCUCAAACGAACGUGGAAAGGUGGUUCACUCUUCCUGACGUGAGAAGGAUUAGGUUGAAGGAAGGUGCGGUAAGAGGCAGCUUAUUCCUUCCGCCAGGGAACGGCCCAUUUCCAGCUGUGAUAGACAUGUUUGGUGAUGAAGGUGGGUUAACCGAGUUCCGAUCCAGCCUUCUGGCAACCCAUGGCUUUGCAGCUCUUUCCUUGCCAUAUUUUAAUUUUGAGGAUCUCCCAAAAGUCAUGGAUGAUUUCCGUCUUGAAUAUUUUGAAGAGGCAGCCAAGUUUUUGUUGCGCCAUCCGAAGGUUAAAAAAUCAGGAAUUGGUGUUAUUGGAACUGGGAAAGGAGGAGAACUGGCUUUGUCAAUGAUCACCUUCCUUCCAGAAGUAGUGGCUGCUGUUUGCAUUUCUGGCUGCAGCUCCAUCACCGCCACUGCGCUUCAUUAUGGAAAACAGAGCCUGCCUGGGCUUUGCUUUAAUAUGAGCAGGAUUAAGAUUUUGGACAAUGGAAUAUUUGAUAUUUACGAAGCUUUGGAUGACCCAAGAGAUCCAGCCAAUUCACACUCCAGGAUACCCAUUGAAAAGGCAGAAGGUCAUUUCCUUUUUGUGGUCGGAGAAGAUGAUCACAAUUGGAAGAGCUCUUUGUAUGCUGAAAUAGCUACUACAUGCCUACACCAGCAUAAGAAGGCCAAUUUUAAUCUCUUGAGUUACCCUGGAGCAGGCCAUCGAAUUAAUCCAUCUUUUUCUCCUGUUUGCCUGGUAGCUUUAGACCGUGUUCUAGGGGUGCCUAUUCUGAGUGGUGGAGAGUACAAAGCUCACGCCCAUGCGCAGGAACAUUCCUGGGGAAAGAUUCUUGAGUUCCUGAAUUUGCACUUGAAAUGAGACAAGCAGGCUGAUAAUUGAACAAUGGAAAUAAAUUGAGAGAAAAAAAUUCCAAAGAAGAUGAAGAAAUAGUCAGGAACUGAGCAAGAAGGAUGGGCAGAAAUAACAUAAAAAUAUAUGCUUUGGAUUAUAUUAUGAACAGGUAAUAAAAUAAGGUUAGUUCAGAUGGAGUGGCCAAAAGUAUAUUCUUUAAAAAUGUAAUUUAGAGUACUACAGUGAAGAAUGAUUUUGUUUAUAGUGUUACAAAUAUCAGUUAACUCCUAAAACACUGCAACAAAUCAUAGACAGCCAGCAGCACCAAGUGUAGCUUCUGCCAUUUUGAAAUCAUAUAUCCAAAAUAUAACUAUUUCCUGCCUUCUGGCAAUUUUUUGGUUUUGGACUAUACCUUCAGCACACAUAGCAAGUACCGUAUUGUUACUUGAAUAGAGAACACACAUGAGAGGUUGAUAUUAUAAUUUACAAUGAUAAAUGAAGUUGCCAGCAAAGUCAUUAGCCAAUUUAAUAUGAAAGAGGACUGGUUUUCUUCAGCUGCUAAUCACAUUAUACUGGCUUUUACAACACAGAUACCUCUUUGUCAGACACGCAAGAGACAUUAUAGCUUAUGUGUAAAUCCAGCAAAAAUCAAUCUUGCCAAAAGUGCCAAAAUCUUUAGUUGGAAUUAGAUUUUUUAAAAAACAACAAAAUAAUACAAAGCAUAGUACAGUUUCAAAUUUUACUAACACUGGAAUUUUUAGUUUUAACUAAAAUGUACUUCUACAAUAUAAGAACUAUCCCAUUAAAAUGUUUAAAGCGUC